AUGGGCAAAAAGAGAGAGGGCCAAAAAAAGAAAGGCCAAAGAGAGGGCAAAAAGAGAAAGAGCAAAAAGAGAAAGGGCAAAAAGAAAGGGCCAAAGAGUGAGGGUAAAAAGAAAACGGCAAAUAGAGAGGGCAAAAAGAGCAACUGCAAAAGGGGAAAUAGCAAAAAGACAAAGGGCAAAAAGAGAGAGGGCCAAAAAAGGAGGGAGAAGCAAAGAAACAGAAUGGGGGCAACAGAGGGGGUCAAAGAACAACAGUUAGACCUAAAAGACAACAGGGGGCAAAGAAACAGCACUGAACCAACAGUGGGAAUGACAAAGAAAGAAAGCAAAGAGGAAAUAUGA